UAAAUGCCAAAACCCUAUUAAAAUACCAAAUCCAAAAUCUUAUCACUUCCUUCUCCUAUCAGUUAAUCCUAAAAGUCCCUCGCAAAUCCCAUCCUAAAUUCUCCUCACUUCAUUAUUCACCAUGAAAAUGCACCUCAAUAGUGUGCUGAGCUCAAAAAAAUGAGCUAAAAACUCGUAUUUUUCAGUAAAUUUUUCACCCCAAAAUGGCCACUUCUUUAUCCCACUCUCCACAGCUAUUGACUUUCUCCUAUAGAAAGACUAACCCCUUUUUCUCAUUCCCCAAGAUUCACUCUUUCUUGCAUCAAAAUCGACAAAUUCACUUAAAGACUCAAUCUUUUCUAAUAUUUCGAACUUUUAGCCAUCUGGGUCGUGUUCAAAGGGUAACAAGAAGUUCUUCUGAUAGUUUUCUUGAAGUAAUUGGAGAGGAAGAAGAGGGUUUACUGGAAACUGAGGAAAAACCAUUAAAAUUUCUCUUUUGGGUGUUGUUAUGGGCGUCUGUAUCUGUUGGUUUGUUUGCAGUUUCUGGGGAUGCAAAAGCUGCUGCUGACUCUAUUCGGGCUUCGGGCUUUGGUGUAAAAGUUGCUACUGCUUUGAGGAGUUCAGGCUGGCCUGAUGAGGCUGUUGUGUUUGCUUUGGCUACACUUCCUGUAAUUGAGCUUCGUGGGGCGAUUCCUGUUGGUUAUUGGUUGCAACUCAAGCCUACUGUCUUGACUGUUUUAUCUGUUCUUGGGAACAUGGUUCCUGUUCCCUUCAUUGUGCUCUACUUAAAGAAGUUAGCAAUUUUCCUUGCUGGAACGAACAAGUCAGCAUCAAAGCUUUUGGAUUUGUUGUUUGAGAGGGCCAAAGACAAGGCAGGUCCUGUGAAAGAGUUUCAAUGGCUUGGUUUAAUGCUCUUUGUGGCAGUUCCAUUUCCUGGAACUGGAGCUUGGACAGGAGCCAUCAUAGCUUCUGUGCUCGACAUGCCUUUCUGGUCUGCUGUUUCAGCAAACUUUGUUGGUGUUGUCUUGGCUGGCCUUCUAGUGAACUUGCUCGUGAAUCUUGGACUCAAGUAUGCCAUUAUAACCGGCAUAAUACUAUUCAUUAUUUCGACGUUCAUGUGGAGUAUCCUUCGAAGCCUUAAAAAAUCUAUGAGCUCAUCAAUCUGAUAUCAAAUCCUGUUGAAGUUUUUAGGUGAUCAGUAUAACCCACUACUGGUAUAACAGAAACGGAGAAGAGAAAGAGAACUCCUUUUUCUUUCUUUAAUCGAUCAGUAUUAGAACUUUUCCUUCACAUCUUGCUAUUUGAAUUCGGGACGAUCAUAUCAUCUCUUCAAUCAAGAAUGCCUCAACAAGAUAAAUUCAGUUGUCUGACACGAUUUUUCUGGUUAUGUUUUUUCCUCUUUACUUUCUACUCGCAAUGAUAGAGAUGGAGUACUUUGGAUCAACAGAACUCUAGAACUCUAAAACUACGGAACCAACUGGUACUUCAAUUAUGUGUCCUUGUCGUUGGCAUGCUUUUAGUUGGAUCAUUAUAAAAGACCCUCCGUCUUCAUGUAGAAAUAAUGUUAAACUUCUAACAGAGACAAACUUUAUAAGUAUGCAUAUUGUGGAUUGCAAAAUUAUUGAACAAGCAUAGAGUUUGUUUUGA